GAAAGAUUAGAUUUCUCUCUCUCACCGUCGCUCUUCUCCCGUUUCCAUCUUCUUCUUCUCUAAAUUUUUCUUUCAUUUUUGUGAUUGGAACUUUCUCGUCUUCGACUCCAUUACUGAAUCCAAACAAGAAAAAUCCACCCUCUCACAUAUGUGUCGUGCAAACUCUUCGACACAUCUCUUCUCUUCUCUUCUAUAUUAAGUCAUCAACCAUCACCACCCAUUCUUACACUCUGAAGAGGGCAAACCAGAGAUAAAGAGAGAGAAAGCUUUUUUUUUCCCUUCCUCUCUUUCUAGCAGCAACCCAUUAUCUCUUAGUGACUUUCACACAUACAGUUUCAAACUUUUCUCUCAUUUUCUCUUCUGUCAUUUGCUUUUUCGGGAAAAAAAUCUAUCCUUUUUGAAUCCGCACAGUCACUCUUUUAAGCAAGCAGACCCAAAAAAACUCAACAUUUUCGUUUCACUUCCUUGGUCGUCUUUUCUCCCGCGGUUUCUCGGCGACCAAACAGAAUAUCAAUAGUCUAGUUUGUGUUGAGAAGAAAGGUGGUGACUUUCGGAUUAGAUAUGGCUGUGCUUGGAGCGAAAUUGCAGGGUUUGAGAUCCGUGUCAAUGGUGGUGUUGAACUUUGCGGUAGCUUUUGUAUUUGUUUCAGCGGAGAGAGGCGUGAAGCUUGAAGCUUCGAGGUUCAAUGGAACAGAGGGAUCUGAAUCCGAUUACCUUCUCAGAGUUGUAACUUUCUUUUGGCAAUCCGAGAGAUCGGGUUAUCAACAUGUUUGGCCGGAAAUGAAAUUUGGGUGGCAAAUUAUUGCGGGUUCCAUUGUCGGAUUCUGUGGAGCAGCAUUUGGGAGUGUAGGUGGUGUUGGUGGUGGUGGCAUUUUUGUUCCUAUGCUUAGCCUAAUUAUGGGGUUUGAUCCGAAGUCAGCAACAGCUAUAUCGAAAUGUAUGAUCAUGGGUGCAGCUGUCUCAACUGUUUACUAUAAUCUUAAGCUAAGGCAUCCCACACUAGAAAUGCCCAUUAUUGACUAUGAUUUGGCGCUACUCAUCCAACCAAUGCUCAUGCUGGGCAUUAGUAUAGGAGUGGCUUUCAACGUGAUCUUUGCUGAUUGGAUGGUCACAGUUUUGCUUAUUGUUCUUUUUAUAGGCACAUCAACAAAGGCAUUCUUGAAGGGUGUUGAAACAUGGAAAAAGGAAACCAUUUUGAAGCGGGAGGCCACUAGGCAUUUGGAGUCGACUGGUGCUGGUGGGAAUGUGGAAUACAAGCCUCUUCCAAGUGGCCCAGCCAAUGACCAGCAAAAGGAAACCAAGGAGUUAGAGGUCUCUGUUAUUGAGAAUGUUUGCUGGAAGGAUCUUGGACUUCUGGUUUUUGUCUGGGUUGCAUUUCUUGCACUGCAAAUUGCGAAGAAUCACACAACGACUUGUUCUCCAGUAUAUUGGGUGGUGAAUUUGUUACAGAUCCCCAUUUCUGUCGGUGUAUCUUUGUACGAGGCAGUUAGCCUGUACAAGGGACAAAGAGUAAUAGCAUCUAAGGGAGAGCAACGGACAGUUUGGCGGGUGCACCAGCUGGUUAUCUACUGUAUCUUUGGUGUACUUGCAGGAAUAGUAGGUGGCUUGCUUGGACUAGGUGGAGGGUUUGUUAUGGGUCCGCUAUUUUUGGAGCUUGGAAUCCCCCCUCAGGUCUCCAGUGCCACAGCCACCUUUGCAAUGAUGUUCUCCUCAUCUAUGUCUGUUGUAGAAUACUACCUUCUAAAACGUUUUCCAAUUCCCUAUGCUCUAUACUUCGUCGCCGUGGCCACUGUUGCAGCCCUUGUAGGACAGCAUAUAGUGAGAAGGCUGAUUAUAUUAUUUGGAAGGGCAUCACUGAUCAUCUUCAUUCUAGCUUUCACAAUAUUUGUCAGUGCAAUCUCACUAGGUGGAGUUGGCAUAUCAAACAUGAUUGGGAAGAUUCACCAGAAUGAAUACAUGGGUUUUGAAAACCUUUGCAAGUAUGACGCAUAGAAUGUAUCUUUUAGGGAAAAAAGAGGUUGUUAGGAUCCUCGUGCAUGUACUUUUCUCCUACGUCAAACUCUUUGUACUUUGCUAAGAUGAAAGCUAGUUUCAGUCAUUUUUCUCA